AUGCCAGUCUUCAGUUAUAAAUUGGGUAAUGAGGAAAUAAAAGUGAAGAGUGAAGAGAAAGACCCUGGAAUUACUGUCACUGAUAAGUUGUCCUCAGAGGUACAUCUUGGGCAGCUACAACAGCCAGAUUUGCUCUCUUUGGAUCUUCAUGGCAGUUUCCACAACAGCAAACACUGCAAGCUUGACCACACUGAUCUUGUCUCCAGUGAAGCUAAGAGUGGGAAUGUUUUUACCAAGGCCUUUGUUGGAGGCGUCCCCUGUGAUAUAGUGGAUGACAACCUGGAGCUCUGUGACACACUGACAAGGGAGAAGGUUACUUGUCGCUCCAAGGCUAAGCUGGUCGGCCCCAUGAAUGUCACUGUCUGCGUUACCGGAAGAGGCGUGUCUGAAGUGACCAAGAUAGGAAGGUACGUGGACUCCCAGGACAGGCUGUACCAGUUCCUCACAUAUGCUGGUGUGUACAUAUAGUGUGCCUGCAUGUGUAUGCAUGUGAAUCUAGUCUUAUCUUAUGUUACCUAAACCAGUGUAACCUGACUUUAUCCUGACUACUGGAAAUAACUGUAUAGGAAUUAAGCUUGUAAUGCCCUGUGUUUUAGCAGUAGAUUGUUGUGUUUUGCUUAGUUUUUACAGGGUGUCCUGCAAGUUUAGGUACACACUUUAGGUAUGAUAGUUCAAGUAAUUCUAAGUUGAAAAUACUCUAUACACAUAUGCUGUUUUGUUUUAUUUUGUGAGAAAUUAAUGUGUAGCUAAGUUGUGAGUUGCGGGAGCUGCUUGCCUGGGUGUGCCUCCGCCUCCUUCCUCCCCUCCUUGGCUCGCUACGUACUCGCGUGAUGCUGCGUAGCAUUAAGUGAUAAAUUUUUGUGUACAUUGUAUGCAGUCAAAUCCUUACAGGAAAUAGCAAAUAACAGAUUAAAUUUUUGUAUGUGCCAGUGAAGAAAAUGUGCAGGUAACACAGCAAUACAGCGGUUAUUCAGUGCUACUUUUUUAAAACACA